UUCAAUAUUCCAUACUCUUAUGCUUUUGAAUAAUCAUGCAAUGCUUUCUCCAGUCUCGACAAAUCCAUACUCUUAUCAUGGCAAUUACCAUUUUCCUUAUGUUGUACUUACUACCUCUUGCAAGCUCAGUGUCCUUCAAUUUUACUAGUUUUGAUCCGAAUAUGGCAGACAUAUCCUUUCAGGGUGAUGCUUUCUCAUCGCGAAGUGUUCUUCAGCUUACAAGGAAUGCAAAAGAUGAUAACCUGAGAAGUAGUGUUGGCAGGGCAACAUAUAAGAAUCCGGUGCGGCUUUGGGAUGUCAAGACAAGGAAGCUUACAGAUUUCACUACCCACUUCUCCUUCACGAUGAAAGCGAUUGACCAAAAUCGGUUUGGUGACGGUAUUUCUUUUUUCAUUGCACCAUUUGAUUCUCAGAUUCCUGACAAUUCAAGUGGAGGCUUUCUUGCACUCUUUAGUCCUGAUUCUGCUUUCAGUGCCUCCAGAGAGAAUCAAAUUGUUGCAGUUGAGUUUGAUAGUUUUGAAAAUCCAUGGGAUCCAAGCGAUAAUCAUGUAGGAAUCAUUGUUAACUCAAUCAUAUCCGUUACAAAUAUCACUUGGAAAAGCAGCAUUAAGAACGGGUCGGUCGCAAAUGCUUGGAUAAGUUAUAACUCCACUACUAAAAACUUGAGUGUCUUUCUAACUUAUGCUAAGAAUCCUGUAUUCAGUGGUAAUUCAAGCCUUUCAUAUAUUAUUGAUCUGAGGGAUUUUUUACCUGAAUGGGUUAGAGUAGGUUUCUCUGCUUCUACAGGUUCUUGGGUUGAAAUACACAACAUUCUUUCCUGGAAUUUCACUUCCACCUUGGAAAUUAAUCGGAAAACCAAAAGCAAAACAUCAUUGGUUGUUGGUUUAGCUUCAGGUUCAGUAUUAUUGGCUUCUGGGAUUGGAGUGCUUUGCUUUGUCUAUUGGAGAAAACGGAGCGGCGGUGGAAAUGAGGAAGAAAUUGUUGAUGGGUCUAUGGAUGAUGAAUUUGAAAAAGGAACUGGGCCUAAGAGGUUCACUUACCGUGAGCUAACUCACGCAACAAGCAACUUUUCUGAGGCAGGAAAGCUUGGUGAAGGGGGAUUUGGAGGCGUUUAUAAGGGAUUGCUGAGUGGAUCAAAAACAGAAGUCGCGGUGAAGAAGGUAUCAAGAGGAUCAAAGCAAGGCAGAAAGGAGUACGUAUCAGAAGUGAAGAUUAUCAGUCGGCUGAGACACAGAAAUUUGGUUCAACUUAUUGGUUGGUGCCAUGAAAGAAAUGAAUUCCUUCUGGUGUAUGAGUUUAUGCCUAAUGGAAGCCUUGAUACCCGUCUCUUUGGAGGAGUAACUAUGUUAAUAUGGUCUGUCAGGUACAAAAUAGCUCUUGGACUGGCCUCUGCUCUGUUAUAUCUCCAUGAAGAAUGGGAACAAUGUGUAGUGCAUAGAGACAUCAAGUCUAGCAAUGUCAUGUUGGAUUCAAAUUUCAACGCCAAGCUUGGCGAUUUUGGCCUUGCAAGACUUGUAGAUCAUGAGCUUGGUUCUCAGACUACUGUUUUGGCUGGCACAAUGGGAUAUUUAGCCCCUGAAUGUGUGACCACAGGAAAAGCUAGUAAAGAAUCAGAUGUUUACAGUUUCGGAGUUGUAGCACUAGAAAUUACAUGUGGAAGAAGGCCGGUUGAUGUAAGGCAAGAACCUGAUAAGGUAAGGCUAGUAGAAUGGGUAUGGGAUCUUUAUGGGAAAGGGCAACUUGUUGAAGCUGUUGACAAGAGACUGAGUAGAGAAUUUGAUGAGAGGCAAUUGGAAUGCUUGAUGAUUGUUGGAUUAUGGUGCUGCCAUCCUGAUUUUAAUCAUCGGCCAUCUAUUCGGCAAGUGAUUAAUGUUCUUAAUUUUGAAGCUCCAUUGCCUAGUCUUCCAGCUAAAUUACCGGUGCCAAUGUACUAUGCACCUCCAAUGAACAUGUGCAAGUUUUCAUACACAUCUUCAGGAUUAACAAACACAGGGACCAGCUGCUCUACAAAUUCCUCACUCUUGUCUGCUGAAUCAGCGAAAUCUCUUCUGAAACCAGAGAAAAUUGAUGUCUAAUUUUCUUAAGUUUGCAUCAGGCUUGAGAAAUUAUCUUCUCAUUGUAUGUUAUGCUUAUUGUAUAGUA